AUUUGAUAAACUCAUAAUAUAAAAGAAGAGGAUAAGAGAACGUUUAGACGUGUAUAAGAGAAGAUUUAACAAGGCAAAUUUUUGAUCAAUAAUAGAAAUUAACUUGUUUGUAAUAAAAAUAAUAAUAUUAAAUGGAGGAAGGAAUACCAAAAUACGCCCUUUUUAACGUGGAGGAAAAAAAAUUGGCGGAUAAAUAUUUCCCAUCGUCUAAAAGAGGUUUCAUAAGGAUUGGUGAAAAUAAAUGGACCGUACCGUACAGAUAUAUCGAGGAAGGUGUCGCAGUAUAUAAUUCAAAACCUCGACAUGAUGAUACUUGGGUCGUCAGUUAUCCUCGAUCAGGUACCACAUUGACAUUGGAACUGGUUUGGUUGGUUGCGAACGACAUGAACUUCGAAGAAGCAAAGAAACGAACUCUACAUUAUAGAUUUCCAUUUUUCGAGCUUGACAUAGUGAUAGGCGAUUCUGAAGAUGCUGUAUCAAAUCCGUCGGAUAAAAAUCCAAGAUUGAAUCCAGAAUUCGCCAGUAAAUUAUCAUCCCCACGAUUCAUCAAAACCCAUAUGCCAUUUGAAUUAAUGCCUAAUCUUCUCGAUAGUAAUUGUAAGAUCGUUUACGUGGCACGUAAUCCAAAGGACAUGGUGGUAUCCUGGUAUUACUUUCUACAGGUUAUCAAGGGAUUAGAAUAUCAGGGAACUUUCGAAGAAUUUUGUGAAUACUUUAUGAAAGAUUUAACUAUUUACAGUCCCUAUUGGAUCCACUUGAAAACUGCCUGGGCUGAGAGACAUCGUUCGAACUUGCUAUUUAUAUUCUACGAAGAGCUAUUAAACGACUUACCUAAUACCAUUAAGAAAGUGGCAAAAUUCUUUGGAAAAUCUUAUAACGAAGAGGAGAUAUUGAAGCUAACUGAUCAUCUUCAAAUAGAUAAUUUUCGAAAGAAUCCUAUGGUGAAUAUACCGUCACCUAGGAAUAACGAAGAGAUACAGCCAAGCAUGUUCAUACGGAAAGGCAAAGUCGGAGGUUGGAAAGAAAUGUUCACAAAAGAACUCGAAGAAAAAUUCGAUGCUUGGAUCGAAGAGAAUAUGAAGGACACCGAUCUUACAUUUCCAAUAGAUUUCAUUCAAAAAAAGUGAGAAGUCUUUGAAAGAAAAUAAUAUAUACCAGAUGAAUUAUCAUUAUAAGCGAAUUAUCAUCAAAUAGAUUUUCUCACUGAA